AUGCACGCGCCAGCCAAGAGCGACAAGCACCCGGUGAUCUCCGGCAAGCAGUUGGCCGACGCCGACGGCAUCCUGUUCGGCUUCCCGUCGCGGUUCGGCAUGAUGGCGGCGCAGAUGAAGGCGCUCUUCGACUCCACGGGCGGGCUGUGGCAGACGCAGGCGCUCGCGGGCAAGCCCGCGGGGUUCUUCUUCUCGCUGGGCACCCAGGGCGGCGGGCAUGCAGGAGGAGACGGCGCUCACGGCCGUGUGUCGCAGCUCACGCACCACGCCAUGGUGUUCGUGCCCGUCGGGUCCACGUUCGGCGCCGGCAUGUUCGACAUGGACGAGGUCAGGUGCUGCAGCCCGUACGGGUCCGGCACGUUCGCCGGCGCCGACGGGAGGAGCAGGCUGCCCAGCGACGCCGAGCUCCAGAUGGCCGUGCACCAGGGCAGCUACUUUGCCGCCUUCGCCAACAAGUUCAAGGCCGGAGCGGGCGUCGUCGCCUGA